GGCCAAUGAAAUUCAAUGAAAUUGAUAUCAAUUGUGCUAGCAAUUAGAUCCUUUUAAAGUCAAGUUGUUGGGCAGCCAACAGUUACAUGCUCGAGUAAGCUUAGAUCAACCAAGUGGUAUUGAAUAGAUUGAGGUAUGAGAUGAAGCUUGAAUUGGAGUCACGAUUCCAGAGUGACACACAAAUGAAGGAUCAAGAUAGUGGGUUAGGGUGUCUCAGAAUGUCCCUUUUCUUUUUUGGACAAAUUGUCCUCUCUAAUCCUGCCAGGGGAAUUACCCCCUUAUAUAGAGACAGUGUGCCAUGAUAUGACGCUUAUGUCAGGAACUGCGUCAUUGUGAUGGAUCUGUGUUGACUGAGAGUCUCGCAUUGAACAUCAGUGCUCAGUCCGUGAAUCUUGGUGCCAAGGAAC